GAGAGAGAAAGAGAGAAGAAAUCAACAAAAGUAAAUAAAAAAGAGAGAAAAGCUCUGGAAUAUCAAAUUUCAUAAUAUAUGGAGCCAACAACAACAGUGAUUCAACAAAACUAUCAUCUUAUUAUCUCGGCCGUUGCAUUAUUAUUUGGUUUCAUUUUGUUGUAUACUUUGAGACCAAAUAAUGUUGUAUCUAAAACACGCAGCAAGUACUAUUCCAAAAAUAUAGUUGGAAAGAAAUCAGUUAAUGGUAGCGACGGAUUAGAUAAGUUGCCGGAAAAUGAUGGAAACACUGAUGUUAUCAUUGUCGGGGCCGGUGUCGCUGGUGCUGCUCUUGCUUGUACUCUUGCUAAGGACGGACGACGUGUGCAUGUAAUUGAAAGGGACUUGACUGAGCCCGAUCGAAUUGUAGGUGAACUCCUACAGCCCGGUGGCUAUUUAAAACUGAUUGAGUUAGGUCUUGAAGAUUGUGUAGAUGGAAUUGAGGCGCAACAAAUUUUUGGUUAUGCCAUAUAUAUGGAUGGUAGAAACACAAAACUCUCUUAUCCUUUGGAAAAAUACCAUUCGGAUAUAUCUGGAAGAAGCUUUCACAACGGGCGAUUUAUUCAACGGAUGAGGGAGAAAGCCGCAACUCUGCCAAAUGUUAAACUGGAACAAGGGACUGUAACUUCAUUACUCGAGAAAAAUGGGACAAUCCAGGGUGUGUGUUACAAAACCAAGGACGGACAAGUGAUGACUGCACACGCACCUCUCACCAUUGUUUGUGAUGGUUGCUUUUCUAAUCUACGUCGCUCCCUCUGCAAGCCUAAUGUCGAUGUGCCUUCUUGUUUUGUUGGUCUCGUUUUAGAGAACAUUAACCUUCCAUUUGCAAACCAUGGACACGUUAUCCUCGCAGAUCCUUCACCCAUUUUGUUUUAUCCCAUCAGUAACACAGAGGUUCGUUGUUUGGUCGAUGUCCCUGGACAAAAGGUACCUUCUAUCGCCAAUGGUGAAAUGGCUAACUAUCUCAAAACCAUUGUAGCUCCACAGAUUCCGCCCGAGAUCUAUAAUGCUUUUGUAGCAGCUGUCGAUAAAGGAAACAUAAGAACAAUGCCAAAUAGAAGCAUGCCAGCUGAUCCUCAACCCACUCCAGGGGCACUUUUAAUGGGAGAUGCGUUUAAUAUGCGACAUCCUUUAACUGGUGGAGGAAUGACAGUUGCUCUAUCAGAUAUCGUCUUACUUCGUGACCUUCUUAAACCACUAAAAAAUCUUAAUGAUCCAUCAACACUUUGCAAUUACCUUGAGUGCUUCUAUACCCUUCGAAAGCCGGUGUCAUCUACAAUAAACACACUUGCGGGUGCCUUAUACAAGGUCUUUUGUGCAUCACCCGAUCCAGCCAGGAAAGAAAUGCGCAGUGCUUGUUUUGAUUAUUUAAGCCUUGGUGGAAUGUGUUCAGAAGGUCCGAUAUCUUUACUUUCAGGACUCAACCCACGCCCGCUAGUCCUGUUUCUUCAUUUCUUCGCUGUUGCUAUCUACGGUGUGGGUCGUUUGCUUAUUCCAUUCCCUUCACCAAAACGCAUAUGGCUUGGGACUCGACUCAUCUUGAGUGCAUCCGGGAUCAUAUUUCCGAUUAUCAAGUCUGAAGGGGUUAGGCAAAUGUUCUUCCCUGUAAUGGUUCCAGCAUACUACAAAGCUCCUCCUGUUGCUUGACCAUGAAUUGUCAACGUCGUUGAUAUAUAAACAAAAUUGAUUUUUUGAGAAGUGUAAUAUAUCAUGUCUUAUAAUUUUUUUUAUGCCAAUACAAUGGCAUAUAUAUAUACAGACCAUUUUUAAGUGUAUGUAACACUAGUAAAUGUUCCAGUUAAUGUACGUAUCGUGCGCCAAA